CGGAUGCAGGAGCCUGCCGCGGAGCUGACGUACUUUGACGACGAUCAGGCUCGCGCAUGGAUCGACGCCCACACCAUGUCUGGCGACGCGUACAGGAAUCUGACCAUCGGAGCCGCGGCGGCGGACUUCUUCCGCCUCGAGUAUCUGCUCGAGACAGGCGGGACGUGGAUAGAUCCUGACCUCCCGGCCGUACGGUUGCCCUCGCCGGUGACCGACGACCACCCAUCCCACUUGUAUCUCUUCGACACUGGGUUUGGAGACUUCAGCAUGACGGUGAUGAGCGGGGGUCGCGGCCACCCGCUCCUCCGGCAGGCUCGAGACGACAUACUUCACAACGUGAUCUCGCAGUCGCACCGGCGAGGGAAGGUGACCUCUCUCACCGGGCCCACCAACCUCAAGGCCGCUUUCAAAAAGCUCUACAACGUCACGUCGCGACGGCUGUCCAAGGGCAUGCACUUUGCGGGCACGCCGCACGCCCUGUCUUACUUGCGGACGGCGCACACGGGAUACGGGGCGGGCACCAAGCUGCCCUGCUACAAUGCCGCGCUGGCCAAGAUGGGCUCGGCCUACUACAAGAGGUGGGGCUCGAACGCGCACUUCUAGAGUGACCGAUCGCGCGCGGGAAAGGAUGUUGAUUGAGGCUGCGCAGCUGCGGGGGCCUUCUCAAGUUUGUUGUUUAAUGUGUUUAGUGCCCGCAUAUUUCGGUGGUACGAUACGGAGUGUGCGACGCACGUACAAUGGUAGUGCUUGAAA